UGUCUUAGCAACUAAGUCAGUAUGUAUCGUGUGCAGUAUUUUUAGAAAAUAAUAGCAAACAUUCAAGUUUUUGACAUGUCGCGAGUGCCUAUUCUUAUUAUUUUAGGUUCAACAGGUACGGGAAAAUCCCGUUUGAGUAUAGAAUUAGCCCAAAAAUUUUCUGGGGAAAUUAUUUCUGCAGAUAGUAUGCAGGUCUAUAAAGGUUUAGAUAUUAUUACAGCCAAAGUGACUGAAGAAGAGAGAUUGUUGGCCCCUCAUCAUAUGUUAAAUUUUGUUGAUCCGCUACACAAUUAUUGUGUUCUUGACUUUCAGAAGAAAGCUCUACCAAUUAUAAGUGAUAUAUUCACUAGGCGGAAGAUGCCAAUCAUUGUCGGAGGCACAAACUAUUACAUUGAGUCACUACUCUGGCAGGUUCUAGUUGAGGAUCCCGAUGCGUCUGGGAAUUCAAUACAGAUACAUGAUGGUUUGGUCUUUGAUAAGUACAAUUUUAAGUGUGAGCAAAUGACUGAAACCAUGCAAAAGGGUAAAAUAACUGCAUCCACAACUACGGAGUUCGAGUUAAACCGAAAAAUAGAAGAAAAAAAACUUGUGACCUCGAAAAAAAUGGAAUACGAUGACAAUGAACAAUCAAAUGAGGAUUUACAUCUUAAAUUAACUGAAGUGGAUCCAGAAAUGGCUCGACGUUUACAUCCUAACAAUAGAAGAAAGAUUAUCAGGUCUUUAGAAGUUUUUGAAACUCAUGGAGCAAAACAUUCAGAAAUUUUGAGACAUCAGCAAGUAGCUGGAGGUUCAAGCUUGGGAGGCCCUCUACGGUUUCCAAAUUCAUUGAUUCUUUGGCUUAAAUGUGAUCAGGAAAUUUUGGACAAAAGAUUAGAUCAAAGAGUAGAUACAAUGCUAGAAGCUGGCUUAGUAGAAGAGCUUCUAGGUUUUCAUGAACGAUACAAUCAAGAACGAAUAAAUAUAAAUGCGUCACCUGAUUACACGAAAGGUAUCUUCCAGUCAAUUGGUUUCAAGGAGUUUCACAAUUACUUAAUCCUGCCGGAGACAGAGAGAAAUAGCGACAAGGGAAAAAUCCUUUUUCAGCAGGGAGUUUUUGAUCUAAAAUUGGUAACAAGAAGAUACGCCCGACGACAACUACGAUGGAUAUUAAAUCGUUUUAUAAAACGAAUUGAUAGACAAGUACCUCCAAUAUAUGAAUUAGAUUGUACCAAUAUUCAAGAAUGGAAUUCUAAAGUACUGGAGCCAGCAAUAAAAAUUAUAAAUGCAAAACUCAAAGACGAAAUACCUGCACAAAAAUCUCUUAAUAGAAGUAGCCAAGAUGAAAACCUUACGGAUAGUAAAAACCAAGAAAGUCAUUGGUGUGAGGUAAAGAACUAUACUGGUCACAGAAAUUAAAGGACUUGUAAAAAGAUAUUGAUUGGAGAAUUGCAAUGGAAUUCUCAUAAAAAUGGCGCCAAACACAGAAAAAUGGAAAAAAAAAAAAAAAAUUAUGACUCAUCAUCUUACUGAUAAUAAAAUUUUUUUAGAAUGCUAAGGUUUCCUUA